UUCGAACUGUAACACCGCCGACGACCGAAUUCAGUUUCCCUAAAUUGUCUACAGGAUUCAAACCAUAAUCAAUCGUAGCGAGCAAUCGAAUGAGCGGGAGUGAAGGAAGCUCCGGCCACUCCGGGGAUGCACCGUCGAAGAGGAAGGACAAAGCGAAAGUCAGCCGGACGUCGCUGAUACUCUGGCAUGCUCACCAGAACGAGGCUUCCGCAAUCAAGAAGCUCUUGGAGGAAGAUCGCUCUUUGGUUCAUGCUAGGGAUUACGAUAAUCGAACUCCACUUCACGUUGCUUCGCUUCACGGAUGGAUCGAUGUUGCUAAGUGUUUGAUUGAGUAUGGUGCUGAUGUUAAUGCUCAAGAUCGAUGGAAGAACACGCCUCUAGCUGAUGCGGAAGGAGCUAAAAAACAUAAUAUGAUUGCGCUAUUGAAGUCGUAUGAUGGCAUGUCAUUUGGCCAGAAUGGAAGCCAUUCUGAACCAAGGCCUGUGCUCCCCCCUCUUCCAAAUAAGUGUGACUGGGAAAUUGACCCUGUGGAGUUGGACUUCACAAGCUCACACAUUGUAGGCAAGGGGUCCUUUGGCGAGAUUGCAAAAGCCUCUUGGCGUGGAACACCUGUAGCUGUGAAGCGCAUACUUCCAAGUCUCUCAGAUGACAGAUUUGUGGUUCAGGACUUUAGGCACGAGGUGAAUUUGCUGGUCAAACUUCGCCACCCUAAUAUAGUGCAAUUUCUUGGAGCUGUUACCGAAAAGAAACCGUUAAUGCUGGUCACCGAGUUUUUACGAGGGGGUGAUCUUCAUCAGUGCUUGAAGGAGAAGGGUGCUCUUAGUCCAACAAUGGCUAUAAACUUUGCUUUAGACAUUGCCAGAGGCAUGGCAUAUCUUCACACUGAGCCGAAUGUUGUAGUCCAUAGAGACUUAAAACCAAGGAAUGUUCUUUUAGUGAACUCCAAUGCAGACCAUCUCAAAGUCGGAGACUUUGGACUAAGCAAACUUAUCAGGGUUAAAAAUUCUCAUGAUGUCUACAAAAUGACCGGCGAGACUGGGAGUUAUCGUUAUAUGGCUCCUGAAGUCUUCAAGCACCGUAAAUAUGACAAGACAGUCGACGUGUUCUCUUUUGCAAUGAUAUUGUACCAGAUGCUUGAAGGAGACCCACCACUAUCAAAUUUUGAACCUUAUGAAGCAGCAAAGCAUGCAGCAGAAGGCCUUAGGCCUAAUUUUCGAGCCAAAAGUUACAGUCCUGAGCUAAGAGAAUUGACGGAGCACUGCUGGGAUGCAGAUAUGAACAAAAGACCAUCAUUCUUGGAGAUAUUGAAGAGACUUGAAAAAAUCAAAGAAAGGAUGGCAGAUCACCAUUGGCACCCCUUUUAAUGAACAAACAUCAUCCGCCAGUUACCAAAUUCGUAUCCUGUUGUGAAUGUAUUCAUGUGGCCAAAAUCACACCACAGGUCCUCUCUCUCUCUCUCUUUUCUCUUCCAAUGAGUUUUCACUUCUCUCUAUGACACCUCUUUCUUUAUAAAUGCUAAAUUAUUGACUUUUUUUCUUGAAAAAAAUAUGUUUGAUGAUUUUCUUGCUAAAAGAUUUGUUUGAUUAUUUAUUGGUAUGUCAUGCAACCCUUUGAAA